CACGCGCGCGCGACCCGUGGCCAGCAUUGAGGACGUCGAGCAGAAUGUUCCGGACGGUUCUGGUGCCGCUGCUGCUGUUCGGCGCUUUGUGCUGCGAACUUGCCGACGCGCAGAAGAAAAAGGAGACGCUGCUGUCGGAGAAGGUGACCCAGAUGAUGGAGUGGGCCUCCAAGCGCUCAGUGAUUAGGAUAAACGGGGACAAGUUUCGUCGCUUCGUGAAGGCUCCUCCCAGGAACUACUCGGUGGUCAUCAUGUUCACGGCGCUGCAGCCUCAGAGGCAGUGUGGGGUCUGCAGACAAGCUGAUGAGGAGUUCCAGGUGCUGGCUAACUCCUGGCGUUACUCCUCUGCCUUCACGAACAGAGUCUUCUUUGCAUCUGUGGACUUUGAUGAAGGAUCAGAUGUCUUUCAGAUGCUCAAUAUGAAUUCUGCGCCGACCUUCCUCCACUUCCCAGCCAAAGGAAAACCUCGCAGGUCUGAUACGUACGAGCUACAAGUCAGAGGCUUUGCAGCUGAGCAGCUGGCUAGAUGGGUGGCAGACAGGACAGAUGUACAGAUCCGUGUCAUUCGUCCUCCCAACUAUGCAGGGCCUCUCCUGCUGGGCUUUCUCCUGGCUGUGAUCGGAGGACUGGCAUAUCUACGAAGACACAAUUUGGAGUUUCUCUUUAACAAGAACGUCUGGGCCUUUUCUGCACUGUGCUUCGUCCUGAUCAUGACCUCAGGUCAGAUGUGGAACCACAUCAGAGGACCACCGUAUGCACACAAGAACCCCAGCACAGGACAAAUUAGCUACAUCCACGGCAGCAGCCAGGCCCAGUUUGUGGCAGAGACGCACAUCAUCCUGCUCUUCAAUGCUGCUGUUACCAUGGGGAUAGUGCUGCUGUGUGAGGCUGCCACGUCUGACCUGGACAUCGGGAAGAGGAAGAUCAUGUGCAUAGCAGGCAUCGGUCUGGUGAUGCUGUUCUUCAGCUGGCUGCUGUCCAUCUUCAGAGCCAAGUACCACGGAUACCCAUACAGCUUCCUGAUGAGUUAAGGCUGAUGAGAAUCCUGCCGUUCCAAACCAAGAGUAAACUUAAGGACUAGAAGUUCUCACAUGCUGUUAACAGAGUGCAGUCCACUGCAGCGGUGCCACAGAACAGUUUCCUUUUAAUCCGUUGAAUUAAAAGUUGUACACGAUGUGCCUUUACAAGAACAGAGCUGCCAUCACCACUGUGCAUUCUAAACUGUCAAGUGCCAAACGUCAAGUGUCUUCUAUAUUAAAUCUGAAUGUCUGAAAUCCAUUGAUCUUCAUUAGUUUAAACCUGAUGGACACAAAUUCUUCUCUUUUGUUUUGAAAUGUAAGGACUCCAAAAAGGUCCUGAACUGUGUUUUAGGAACAUACUUCAGGCAUCAGGGAGUCUGGGAGGAAGUCAUUGAUUACUGAUUGGCAGCAUAUACACAUUUAAUGAAUAAACUAUAACAGUAUGAUACAACUGUAAGCAGCCUUCCCUCCAGAUCCUCCAUCAAAUGUCAACACAUAUGAGCAAACAGAACUCACCAGAUGAAAUUGUGCUGCUAACACCAGUGUGCUGGCCAGACAACUAAUAAACCAGUCAGCUGCAGCACAAUACACCUCAGGUAGACAUACCUGAGUCAGUAGAAGCUCUCAGUGCUGCCAGCAGAACAGUCUGCCCGCUGCCUGGGAGCUUGUUAACGCCUGACAUGCCCCCUCCAGACACUGGGAACAAGGCAAAAAGACAUGAUUUACUAUUUGAUAAUAACAGUAUGUUCAUAAACCAUAAACCUUUUAAAACUGUGCUGAAAAAAGAAAUGACAUGUGAUUUCAGUUGGACUGUAAAGCUGAUGUUGGUGUCCUACGACGUAGGGUCUCAAGAUCUGACAGUUAAUCACCGCUUAAAGUUCUGGUGAAUCAACACAACACAUUUCAGACCUGGAGCUGUUGGUGCCCUUUUGGUCAGGGAGUCCUUUCCUGGGCAGUAAUCCUCCUCAGUGGUUCUCAGUAACAGCAACACUGAUAGCUGGUGUUUGUAGUUCUUGUUGGACUCUACCUCUAGGGCUCUAGAGGAGUGUCAGAUGUUGACCAACCUACCAAAGUUAUUUAAAACAUUAUUUUACAGUACAAAGCAUAUAAAUCCAGCCAUAUUAUAAAUCCAAAUUAGAAAAAGCAAAAACAGUUAAAGAAUGACAGAAAGCAGUGUUUGUGUUCUAUACUUGUGUUCUUUCCAGUUGUUGAUUAACUCUUCGCACUUCCUGUUUUAUUAAGAAGUGAGGUUGACCUAACCCCAGGGCAACAUGACGUUUGGACUGUACCUACAUCAGGGCGAGUGUUCAAGCCUACAGGACUGUUGCCAUAGAAAUGUACAUACUGUGUAAAAUCACAUUGUCACUGUUUGUGGUUACCAUAUCAGGUUGUACAAAUGGAAAGUGCUGGAUGUGAGCUGAUUGUUUCUGAUAAUAAAGUGCCUUAACUGCC